CAGCCAAGUCGACAACCAUUACUAAACAGUCGUCAGCGCAACAACUAGUCAUUUUGCAUUUAUUGUGUAGACAACAUAGUUAUCGUCAGUAAUACAAAAUGGAGAAACAAAAGGAUUUGCCAUUCCCUUACGAGUUUAGGGAGCUUAAUCCCGAAGAAGAUAAAUUGGUUAAAGCCAAUUUAGGCGCGUUCCCCACAACCUACGUGAAACUGGGGCCUAAAGGCUACAUGGUGUACAGACCCUACCUGAAAGAUGCAGCGAAUAUCUACAACAUGCCUCUAAGACCUACAGACGUGUUCGUCGCCAGUUAUCAACGGUCAGGAACGACAAUGACUCAAGAACUAGUUUGGCUAAUUGAAAACGACUUGAACUUCGAAGCUGCAAAAACAUACAUGUCCCUCCGCUACAUUUAUCUUGACGGCUUCAUGAUCUACGACCCGGAGAAGCAAGAAGAAUAUAACGACAUAUUACCGAAUCCAGAAAACCUUGAUAUGGAAAGGUAUUUAGGGUUGCUAGAAUACUUUAGUCGUCCAGGGAGCUCAUUGCUCGCUGCAGUGCCACCAACAGAGAAAAGAUUUGUGAAGACCCACUUGCCUUUGUCCUUGAUGCCUCCCAAUAUGUUGGAUACUGUGAAGAUGGUGUACCUGGCUCGAGACCCUAGAGACGUGGCGGUGUCCAGCUUCCACCACGCCCGGUUAUUGUAUCUGCUGAAUAAGCAGAGCAACUUCAAAGAUUUCUGGGAAAUGUUUCACCGUGGCCUAUACACGCUGACACCAUAUUUCGAGCACGUCAAGGAAGCUUGGGCGAAGAGACAUGAUCCGAACAUGUUGUUUUUGUUUUACGAAGACUACUUAAAGGACUUACCAGGCUGCAUUGCACGUAUCGCUGACUUCUUGGGCAAGAAGUUGAGUGAGGAACAAAUUCAGCGCCUCUGCGAACACCUGAAUUUCGAAAAGUUCAAAAACAAUGGCGCUGUCAAUAUGGAGGACUACAGGGAAAUUGGUAUACUCGCAGAUGGCGAGCAUUUCAUUAGAAAAGGUAAAGCAGGAUGCUGGCGUGACUACUUCGACGAGGAGAUGACUAAACAAGCUGAGAAAUGGAUCAAAGACAACCUGAAGGAUACUGAUCUGCGCUACCCAAAUAUGGAAUUAUAAUAAAUUUUAUUAUACUAGCUGACCCGGCAAACUUCGUACUGCCUCCAACAUUUUUUCUCGCCGUUUAAAUCUUUCUUGAACUUGCACAAAUAAUUCAAAACCAACAUCUGCCAAAUCGGUCCAGCAGUUCUCGAGUUUUAGCGAGACAAACGAACAGCAAUUAUUAUUAUUAUUAUUUUAUAUUAAAUCAAGCACUGCCUUCUAUAAUGUACCUAAAGGUCUAUCGGAUUUAGGAGUUUUAUUUAGAAUUAAUCAAAAAAACAAUAUGUUCACAAUUUUUUUCUUUGCUACGUAGAAGUCGUUAAUUCCGUUGCCUAAAGUAAUUUUCUUAGCACUAAAGUUGUCUAUUGCCACUUGCUAGUGUGUGUUUGUUAUUGAUACCUAUUGGAGAUAUAAUCUAAUAUUUUUUUAAUUUGUUUUUAUUUUGACUUUACUAGUAGAUUUGGAAUUUACUUUAUAUUAAUUGUUUCAGAGAAUAAAUUAAUUGACUAGGUAACUUGUAACCUUAUUUAUACAUUAUGUACCUACUUGUAAGGAAAUAAACUCACGUAUUUUAUGUA